CGAGCCUCAGCUGGCGGCCUCGCUGCGGUGCGCCGCGGGGUCCCUCGGUGCAGUACGCGGCGGCUGGCGUCCUUAUUGGGCGGCAAGGCCGCCACAGGCACUGCGGACAUAUGUGCGGUGGCGUGCGAGGUCGGGUUGGAGGAAGAGGCUCCAGGAAUUCGAUGCCUCGUCGGAGGCCCUCAGAGCCCGGGAGAAAAGGGGUUUUCACUUUGGCAUCAGGUGUCCUGGAAGGUUCCACCGGUGGUGGAGUCACUUUCCGGGUGCAGAAGAGACUCUGGGGAGGGGGAGCGUUUGGACCUGCUUUACAGAGGGAUUAGCCAGACUCGUUCUGUGAGUGGCUGCGGGACGUUCAGUUGUCUGCCAGCAGCAGGUCUAGCCUUUAGCUGAAAACUUUGCUGCUGAGUUCGUCAGGCUGUUGGUAGGAUCUGCUUCUUUGCGAUGUUACACAGAGGUCCACGUUUCCUUGCCGCCUGCCGGCCUGGGCGGCCCUCGGCACGUGGAGGUCUUUGCACGUGGUCCUGUGAAAGGUCCUUCUCAGGGUCUUAAGAGCUCAUGUGAUUAGGUUGGGUCCACCAGGGUAAUAAUUAUGCCUAUUACCUUAAUUCCCUCUGCAAACUAACUUUUGCUGUGUAGGGUAACAUAUCCACAGGUUCCAGGGAUUCGGACGUGUACGCGGGGGGCGGGGUUACGGAGUGUUUUGCCUACCACAGAUUAAUUCUGUGUCUUUGUGAGCAAGAUCUUGCAUAUAAUGAGGUGAGAAAAACAAGGUGUAAAACAAAAGCAUAGUUUGGUGUAAUUUAUAACAAAUAGGAAAAAAAUAUAUAUACAUAUUUGUGUAAGUUUAGCAUAAUCUGAAGGGGCAUACUAGAAGCAAAGGGAAACUGAGUCCCUGACUGGGAAAUUGUUCAUCAUAAAUUCUUUUUUACUUUAAAAAAUUUGAGCCAUAUGACUGUGUCCUUGCAGCGGUUCUCAACUUGUGGUUCGUGGCCUCUUUGGACCGUAUUAAAGAUUGGCGGCAUGAGGAAGUUUGAGAACCAGUGCCUUAUAGAGUAACAAUGAUGAGAAUUCGAAGUAUUUUAAAAUAAAAUGAACUAUAUAAAUAUUGCAAAUGAUCGUGUCUUUGAUGAGGAGAAUGAAGGUUUCUCUCUCUCUUUUUUUUUUUUUUUGAGACACAGUCUCACUUUCUUGCCCCCGGUGGAGUGCUGUAGUGUCCUAGCUCACAGCAACCUCAAACUCCUGAGCUCAAGGGAUCCUCUUGCCUCAACCUCCAGAGUAGCUCGUAGUAAAGGCAUCUAUCACAACGCCUGGCUACUUUUUUAGAGAUGGAGUCUCACUUUUGCACAGGCUGGUCUUGAACUUGUGAGCUCAAGUGAUCCACCUACCUUGGCCUUCCCAGAGUGCUGGGAUUACAGGCAUCAGCCACCAUUUCUGGCCUGAAGAUUUCCUCAGAGCAGGCAGAGGGUGACUCAUCUCAUCCCUCCCUCUGAGCAUUCUGCUAGGUUAAUCUUGAGAUGUUAGUUUUGUCUCCUCAUUCAGUAAUGUGCCUGGUGCCCCACCUUCAUGGGGCAGUCAAGGCCUGCCUGUCCCUAGUGACCAUCCCUGUGAGCCCUGUUCAUACCUCCUUGCUUGCAUCCUCAAGGAUUGACCCUGUACUUAUUAUCUAACUUUCUCUCUGCAGUCAUUAUGUGUGUGUUCCUUCAUGAACACAGCCCUACUCAGCCCUUCUUCCUUCCCUGGACACACUGUAGGUGACAUCUACCAUCAUCCUGACUCCUGCACCAUCUUCCUGCCACCGUUCUUCAGAGAAGGUUCCAGCCAUGCCCAGCCUCAGAGCUCGCCAAGAGGAGGCAGAGAUGGAGCUCUCAGCUCCUGGACCAUCCCCUUGGACCCCUGCAGCCCAGGCCUGUGUGAGCGAUGCUUCUACUGUGACCCACCCUGGAUCUGCAGUCUGUGGUCCCUUCUGCUCUAGUGAUGCUAAGUUGGAAAUGAUCCACCCUCAUCAGCAGCAGCCAGAUCAUGACACCAGAACUGAGGACACGGAGUUCCUUCAGAAGGAAGGUGUCCCUGCAGAUUUUGAAUCACAGGCUGAAAUACCAGAAAACUAUGCUGAUGAUGUUUCCCAGGCACCUGAGCUUGGAGAGCUCUGUGAUGAUGGCUCAGACAGAGUUUGGGGAGUCCCUGAAGGUGAGGGAUGGGUGCCCCCCAUCUCCUGUGUGGGGGGCUCCACACCAAUGACAGUUCUCAGGAGCCCCUUAGGGGAGAAAGACCCGGACUGUAAUGGUUUUGACAGAAGCCCCAGUCUGAGCCCAAAUCUCAUGGCAUGUCAGGGAAUUUCCAUGGAAGAGUUGCCACAUCCCUAUGACACAUGUGGACAGAGUUUCCAGCACAGCUUGGAAUUAACCCACCAUGAGGAUUUCCCUACAACUGAAAGCCCGCUCAUAUGUACCAAGUGUGGGAAAACCUUCCAAGGAAACCCUGACCUUAUUCAGCAGCAGAUAGUCCACACUGGAGAGAUGUCCUUUUUGUGUAAUGACUGUGGGAAAUCCUUCAGCCAGAACUCAGUCCUGGAAAACUGGCAUCUACCUCCUGUGAGUGAGAAAGCCUGCUGGCACAGUGAGUGCAGGAAAGCUUUCCGUGGGUGCUCAGAUCUUGCUGUACACCAGAUUCCCCACAGUGGAGAAAGGCCUCAUGUGUGUAGUGAAUGUGGAAAAGCCUUCAGCCAGAACUCAGGCCUUAAGAAGCACCAGAAAUCCCACAUGAGUGAGAAGCCCUAUGAGUGCAACGAGUGUGGGAAGGCUUUUAGGCGGAGCUCAAAUCUCAUCCAACAUCAAAGAAUACAUUCUGGGGAGAAACCAUACGUGUGCAGCGAGUGUGGGAAAGCCUUUAGGCGGAGCUCAAACCUCAUCAAGCACCACAGGACUCAUACAGGCGAGAAGCCUUUCGAGUGUGGUGAAUGUGGGAAAGCUUUCAGCCAGAGUGCACAUCUGAGGAAGCACCAGAGGGUCCACACUGGAGAGAAGCCUUAUGAGUGUGAUGCCUGUGGCAAGCCAUUCAGUCGGGUCUCCAACCUCAUUAAGCACCAUAGGGUUCACACCGGAGAGAAACCCUACAAGUGCAGUGACUGUGGGAAAGCAUUUAGUCAGAGCUCUAGCCUUAUUCAGCAUCGGAGAAUUCACACUGGAGAGAAGCCUCAUGUGUGUAAUGUAUGUGGAAAAGCCUUUAGUUACAGCUCGGUGCUCAGAAAGCACCAGAUAAUCCACACAGGAGAGAAGCCGUAUGUAUGCAGCAUCUGUGGGAAGGCCUUCAGCCACAGCUCAGCCCUCAUUCAGCACCAGGGUGUGCACACAGGGGACAAGCCCUACGAGUGCCACGAGUGUGGGAAGACCUUUGGUCGCAGCUCCAACCUCAUCCUUCACCAGCGAGUUCACACUGGAGAGAAACCCUAUGAAUGUAGUGAAUGUGGAAAAACCUUCAGCCAGAGCUCAACCCUCAUUCAGCACCAGAGGAUUCAUAAUGGGUUGAAGCCCCAUGAAUGUAACCAGUGUGGUAAAGCUUUCAACCGAAGCUCUAAUCUCAUUCACCACCAGAAAGUUCAUACUGGGGAGAAGCCCUACACAUGUGUUGAGUGUGGCAAGGGCUUCAGCCAGAGUUCACACCUUAUUCAGCAUCAAAUAAUCCACACUGGUGAGCGGCCCUACAAGUGCAGUGAGUGUGGGAAAGCCUUCAGUCAGCGGUCCGUCCUCAUCCAGCACCAGAGGAUCCACACUGGGGUGAAGCCCUUUGACUGCACUGCUUGUGGGAAAGCCUUUAGCCAGCGGUCAAAAUUGAUUAAACACCAAUUGAUCCACACCAGAGAGUAGCCUGCUGGGCUGGUGAGAGUGAGCUCAAGCAUGGUUUCUUCAACUCCUUCCUGUCCAGUGUCUCCCACCUCCCAGACCUGAGGCCCAGGCUCCCUCCCUGCACUGCUGCCCUACAUCUAGUGGCCACAAAGUCUGGGGUUCUCCGUUGAAACAUCUUUUACAGGCUCCCUUCCCAUGGCCACUGCUUCUGCCUCAUGUGACCCCUGUGGUUUUACUUUGUUUUUACAGUUUAUGAGCAGACUGCACAUUUGUUAGGAGGGAAAGGUUUAAGAAACCUCCAUAUUCAUGAAUAGCCUUUAUUAUUGUAACCGAAAAUUACCAGAAGAGUAAAGUGACAUUUGAUUUGAGAUAACCAGCAAUUCUUUUGUUUGGUAA